GCCAGAUGAGAGAGGCAGGCAGGAGGCGAGCCCCUCCGGUUGCGCGUCAGCAUCCCCUCAAAUAGGAAUCCGCUGCUGCUGUCACUUCUGCUCUACAUACUGAGAGACGGACGACUGUAAAAAACCCCCCGAAACAACCAUCUACAAUUUGCACUUGUGCAUGCAGCUGUUUUAAUGCAUGUGAUGCCAAAGAAGAAGAGCAGCAAGGGGAGGCUGUGGUGAGGAAGGAAGGCUGGAGCUUUUUGCAAAGAAAUGAUAGUGAGGAGGAUCAAGGCGCGCUGUCCCAGGAGAACUCAUCUGAAGAGCAAGAGGAUGCUCCUCUAACGAACUGGGGGGGCUGAGUUUUCCUGAGCAGACGGUCUGUGUGGCAGAGUUUGAGCUCGAGUGGAAGUGAGUGAGUGAGCGAGAGGGAGUGGGUGUCAUGGGUGACAGAGACGGGCCAAAUGCCGGGGACCCUAGUACCUACCAAAACCUGCUGCUCCUGGGAGCCAUCGCAGCGGCAUCCGCCUUUGUGGUCACCAUCCUUAUUGUCCUUGUCUGCGUUGGCUGCCAAAGAAAAAGCAAGAGCAAGCACCCCCCAGCCGGAGAGAAAGGGACAUCUGUAAAUAUGCAGGGUACCCUUCGACACCCCAAACUGAACUCCAUGAGCAAAUCUGACACCAGGCUGCAUGAGAUCAAUCGCUUCCCCUGCAAUGGAAACUCUGUUAGCAAGAGCCGUCCAGCCAGCAUGGACCUCCUGCUCCUCCACAGCCGGCGCUCCCAGACGGACCUGAGGCCCUCCCAUGGGCGCCAGCUUCCCCAGAUCCCCACCAGUCCCCAGGGAUCGGUCCAGGGGGGAGGAGGGGAGACAGGAGGAGAUGGGGGAGGUGGUGGAGGUGGAGGUGGAGGGGGAGGAGGAGGAGGAGUAGGAGGAGGAGGAGGGGAGGCUAGAGACCACACCUACACCGAGGUGGGCAUACGGAACAACCCCACGCCCGUCCACUGCCUGGAUGACGGCCUGUAUGAGAGCGUAGGUGUCCGGGAAGGUGACGCAGGCCCAAAGGUACCCUCCGCCCCGCCGCCCACAUCAAACAACACUCCGGCUACUGUCAGAGCAGCCCAAAGCCCCCCAGCUCAGGCCAACGGAGCUCGCAAUGGGAACGGGCACGUGAAUGGUGGUAGAGGGAACGGCAGAGGGAACGGCACCGUUAACGGACCGAUGACAGGGAGAGGUAAUGGUGCGAGUGGGGUCAACAGGUCCCCUCUUCCUUCUGUCAACUCCCUGGCAAUCCAAGAACCAACCGCAGCUGAGUAUGCUUCCAUACGGAAGUUCAGAAAGGUCGACAAGACAAACAGGAAGGAAAAUAACGGGGCCGACAGCCAGUCGGACAGCCAAUCGAGUGUGAGCGAUUCACCCUCCACCGCUCCUCCUCCGCUACAUCGCAGCCAGGAGUUUCCGCGCAAAGGACUGGAGCCGUUUCACAUGCACUCCUUCCCAAAGGAGGCAGUGUUCAUGGGCAACGGGGAGCAGUACAUCUGGAAGCCUCCAGAGGAAGAUGACAUCAUCACCUUGCACCCACCUCCACUCCGUGCAGAGAGCGUACAGGGGCACCCAUCGCCUCCAACUGCAAAGGAGAUUGCAGACACCUACUCCAUCGUGUGUAAAAGCCAGAAGAAGAAACCUCCGAUGGAAAACAACGGGUCAAAGACCCUCCCACGCUCCUUCGGAGGAGGCUCCCGGGGCCGAGGCCGAGGAGUUCAGGCCCAGGCGCGUUCCCAGGAGGAGCCCUGCUACGAGCCGGUAGGAGACAGGUCCUGGUCCACGUGUGCAACGGCCGAGUCUGACCCCGCGUACGCUACCAUCGACUCCCACAGGAAACGGGAGCAGGCGGGAACCAAUAAUAGCCCGGCUGGGGGUUCUGCCACACUGAAGAGGAAGAAGCAGAUUCCGACGCCGACGCCGACGCCAACGCCAACGCAGCAGCAGCAGGCACCACCACCACCACCACCGGCGCCACCCCUGCCACCCGUGCCAGCCGCGCCACCCGUGCCACCUCAGGGCUCAGGACCCACCGCCCUGCCUGCUAGAGGCCUGCCCGGUGGGGAAAACUUCUAUGAGACCAUCAGCGAUGUGAAACAAGGGGGCAACAGCUCCAGCACCACCACCAUCUUCACCUUCAAUGACGGGAUGGAGAUGUACGUCACCGGCCUGUAGCUGGCUGACAGGCAGAAGGGGCCCAGAACCCACUGGUACAGAGCCAUGACAGGGACCGUCCUGUUCACCGGCCAACAGGUUGCUGUACAUAGAAACAAGGCCCUCUAUAGACAAACAACACAAGGAUCCAUUCUGUGAUGACAUCAGGUACAAACAGGGUCUUAAUCCAGGUUCAGACUUCCCUCGAUUGGUCUGUACUUCAGAACCAGCCUAAGCCUAGUCCAGCCCAAAUAUGGACCAAAUAUGUUUUAACAAAAAAAAAAGAUAAGAAAACUGGAAUCUUCAACCUACUAUGUCACUGACCGUACUCACCUGUUUGUGCAUCAUUUUCCAUAAUAUCUUUAUUUUUAUAUGAACACUGUACUCUCUAAAGAGUAUGUGGUGUAACUCACAUCACUUUAUUAUAUAUAUUUAAAAAAAAAAAAAUGUGCAUGCAUUGUGCAAACACACACCUGAAAAUAGACAGUAGUAGCCAGGAAUAAUGUAGGUAUAUUGGGAGUAUGAGGCACACUGUUAGCUAUUGUCACCCACCCACCCACACACACACACACACAUAUAUAUGCCUCGUCUUGGGGGGACUUAUGUAAUAGAAGCAGAUGGAUGUCACAGAGAUUUGCGGUACUUAGCUCUCCCUAAGCAAACACCUAAAACAGGUUCUCUGUGCGUACUGGACUGUUGCCUGGCAGACAGCAUUGUGGUGCUUUGUUCAAACAGAGGCCUAUCAUUGGUAGAGCUGCUAAAACACAGAAGGAAGUGAAGGCUAAAGUCCCCAUUUCACUAAUUUACCAUCAAUGUGCCCUAAAUUUACUAGCAGUUAUCAAUAACAGCCCUUAUGAUAACUGUAAAAAGUGGAUGUUUGCUAACCUUAAAUCAACAGUCCAAGCUCCGAUUUGAAAAACAUUUGUAGUCAGAGGCAUGAUGACACACCCCAAAACACCCCCCCACACAGACACACACAUACUUGGUAGAGUCAUUUGGGGUAAAGUGAUCAGGUCAGGGGCAUUGAGUGGGUUGUGCAACAAUUUCCCCAGAGUGAUACGGGUGACAGAUUUCACAAUUCGAAACCUUUUUACUGUAUCACUGGGAAGAUAGAUAUUUUAAAAAAUAAGGAAGCGAAAGUGUCCAAAAUAAAUACAGGAUGCUUCAUCCUGGGCAGUAAAUAUGUCAUGUCCGUUGGGCGCCGUAAACAUCUGAUUUUAUGACCAUUAUAAUUUUGCACUGGACAGCUGCAGGGGUGUUUGCCUUAAUUGCGCAUUAACAUGCUGUAAAGGGCGUUUCCGAGUGCAGUUUUGAUUUGCUGAUCUGGUCUCAAGUCAAAGCCAGAGCUCCCCGUAGCUCAUCUGGUGGUUGAAAUAGCAACAGAGGGCUCUGACUCCAAGGAAAAUAAAGAGCUGGGCAUAAAAAUGAACAGCGGGCGUCCUUUGGAAGGUAGCCCCUCGCCCUCUCCCCACCCUCGUCUCCAGCCUUGAGUUCUCUUAAACACAUGUAGCUUUGGGGAACAUUAAAAAAAAGAAGAAAACAAAACAUUGGAGGCUUAAUAAAUGACCAUAAAGAUACGAGGUGAAGAGGGACGCAAACUGCUCGACAACCAUGCAAAGAGAAGACGGGUUUAGAAAGGUUAGCGACAUACAUUUAUAAAUGCUACUGUGUCUGAAAGUAUGUAAAAACAAUUGCACUCUGUAUUUAAUGCACUGUUUAUUUUUUUCUUACCUACUGACAAUACCAUUGGUUGAAUAGCUCACGCCACUGCCAUGAAAACAGUACGUUUAUGUUGUUGGUGCAAUUUUUUCCUGCUUGAUCAAAAAAAAAAAAAGUGCAUGCUUUGAUAUAUGGAAAUGAAAACAAAUAUUGUGGUACUUAAUUGAUCUCUUGUUUGUUAAUCUUUUCUGUUGUGCUUUUUUUUGCCAUGUGAUGCAAAGCAGCGUUCAGUUUUUUUGUUUCCAAGGAGGAGGAGGAGGAGGAGGAGAGAAAUAGAAAAGAUAGAGAGAGAGAAGCCACUGGGAGUUUGGAGCAGAGUGUUGUUUAUCCUCCGCUCUGGGGGAGAAAGAAGGAGUGAUAGAGGUGAGGAGGGAGAGGAAGAACAGCUAGUAUGAAGCUGCAAAUGGACACGGACCCAAAGGACCCUCCCCCUUCUGAUAUGCGUGCGUGCACACACACACACACACACGCACGCACACACACCAUCAGGCACACACACACACUGCAACAUUAAGCCAUGUGUGUUUCCAGUUUAGGGGAUGAAGCACAUUUUGCUUCCACUUGGUCAGCCCUUGCAUACGCUCCCUCCCUCCCCCAGCUGUGUUCAUCCUCCAAUAACCGUCACAGACCUCUCUUUUCUCUGCUUCACCUCUCCCUCGCUGUGCAGAGGAGGGGCCUUUGAUGUCCAGCUCUGAGGGACUCAGGGAGUGAUAUGAGAGGGGGAGGGUGAGGGGGCAGAGGACGUGGGUCAGGCCAACCCCGGUCUGAUAUCAACAAUGCACCAACGGCUCAACUACUGUCUGAUAUGAGAAAUGGCUAACAGCUGAGACGCUUAACAAGCUCUGCUGAGGCUUCCCUUAGACAAUGCUGGCUGGAAAAAUCGCAAUCACACUUAAUCCUUUUUCUCUAGCUGUCACUUUACGUGUCACAUUUUCUUUAUCCUGAGAGAAAGCACUGAUCCGAUAUAUUUUGUCGAACACUGUCACACCGAUCGAGACAGAUGUUCAUUGCACAAACAAAUACAGUAUGAUGAUGUAAAUGUGUAAAAUACUCUGUUGCUGUUCCGAUGUUGUUCCAAUGUAACAUACAGUAUACAGUAUAUUUGUUGAAAAAAAAAAAAAAAAGAUGGUUAUCACAGACACAUUGUACUUUGUGGAUGCAGAAAUGUCCCAUGCUUUCCAUGCAGAUACAGAUGUUGUUUGUUAAUUGUCUUCAUAAUUAUGGGCCAAUACUGCUGUGACAGCUGUAGCCAACGUUGUAUGUUCUUAAAGCACAGGGUUUAGUUUAAAAAUAAUGAAUAUAAUAAAAUAUAGUGUGAACAGUGCAGAUAUGCAAAAGAUUGUAAUGUUUUAUAUUAACCUUCAUAAAAUAUUAAAAGUGAGUUUUUACUUUUCUAAUAAAGUGGCACAUUAUAACGUG